UGUACGGCUGCAUGAGAGGGAAGGAGAGAGAGAACACACAGGAGAGUAGAAGAAGGGAAGCCAAUUGAUUGGAGCACUAAAGCUGGGGACAAGAAGAAGAAGUGGAUAUACUUAUCUUUUUUCCCCCUCUCUCUUAUUCUCUGAAAGGCCACUCCAGGAUCAAGUGGCAGCCUUUCAGUCCAAGCUGAACUUCACCUGACUCCACAAGCAUUUUACUCACUGUACUUGCAAAGAUUUUUUUCCCACUUUUAGGAGGAGGAAGUGCUGGUGGUGAUUGUUGGUUGUUGUUGGUGGUGGUCAGUCCCCCCCCAAGGAGAAGACAGGAAAAAAGAAAAGAUUGGAUCUGCUGGCUCUUUUCUGCAGUGUUGUGGAGAGCAGGAUGCCCGCUGGGAGAAGUGGGGAAGGCUGGAGGAUGGAGGCGGUGGCGGCCCCGGGUCGGGCUCUGCAGACCAGCCUGCGGAUGAUGCUGAUGUGGGGUGUCCUGGUGCUGGCGGUAGGACGAGGAGGUGUGGAGGGGUGCCCCACUCACUGCAGCUGUCUGGGGAACAUGGUGGACUGUCAUGGCCUGGGGAUCCACGCUGUACCCAAAAACAUCCCCAGAGGAACUGAGAGGCUUGAUCUGAACGGGAACAACCUGACAGUCAUCACCAAAAUGGACUUCUCUGGCCUCAAACACCUCAGAGUCCUGCAUUUGAUGGAGAACCAGAUCAUUAAUGUGGAAAGAGGAGCUUUUGAUGACCUGAAGGAGCUGGAGAGACUUCGUCUCAACAAGAACCGACUCACUCAACUUCCAGAGCUGCUGUUUCAGAAGAACGAAGCCUUGUCUCGAUUGGACCUGAGUGAAAAUGCCAUCCAGGCCAUCCCGAGGAGAGCCUUCAGAGGAGCCACGGACCUCAAAAACCUUCAGCUGGAUAAGAACCACGUCAGCUGUAUCGAGGAAGGGGCCUUUCGAGCCCUGCGAUCACUGGAAGUGCUCACGCUGAACAACAACAACAUCACCAGUAUUCCCGUCUCCAGUUUCAACCACAUGCCAAAGCUCCGCACUUUCCGUCUCCACUCUAACUCCCUUCGCUGUGACUGUCACCUGGCCUGGUUGUCUCCGUGGUUACGCCAGCGGCCGGCGUUAGGCCUCUACACCCAGUGCAGCUCUCCUCCCACCCUCAGGGGUCUCAACCUCGCUGAGCUCAGAAAGGGAGACUUCGCCUGCUCAGGUCAUGGCGGCAGCGCCUUCGUCCAGCCGUGCAGCCUGGCCUCGGGCUCCUGUCCGCCCAUGUGUUCCUGCAGCAACAAUAUCGUGGACUGUAGAGGACGGGGUCUCACUGCCAUCCCUGCCCACCUCCCAGAGGCCAUGACUGAGAUUCGUUUGGAGCAAAACGGUAUCAAGUCAGUUCCUCCAGGUGCCUUCACCUCUUACAAGAAGCUUCGUAGAAUAGACCUGAGUAACAACCAGAUAUCUGAGAUCGCUCCCGAUGCUUUCCAUGGCCUCCGAGCUCUGAACUCACUGGUUCUGUACGGGAACAAGAUCACUGAGCUGCCCGGCGGAGUGUUUGAUGGCCUGGCUUCUCUGGAGCUGCUGUUACUGAAUGCAAAUAAGAUCCACUGUAUCAGAGCCACAGUGUUCAAGGAUCUGGAGAACUUGGCUCUGCUGUCUCUGUACGACAACAAGAUCCAGAGUUUGGCCAAAGGCACCUUCAACUCCCUGCACAGCAUCCAGACACUCCACCUGGCCCAGAAUCCCUUUGUGUGUGACUGUAAUGUGAAGUGGUUGGCUGACUUCCUGCGAUCGAACCCCAUAGAGACCAGCGGAGCGCGGUGUGCCAGCCCUCGACGCCUCGCCAACAAACGCAUCGCACAAAUCAAGAGCAACAAAUUCAGAUGUUCUGCCAAGGAGCAGUACCACAUCCCAGGUACUGACGACAGGCGUCUGAGCUAUGAGUGUAACAGUAAACCGGUGUGUCCGGCUAAAUGCCGCUGCGAGGCCAACGUGGUCGACUGCUCCAACCUCCGCCUCACCAAGUUCCCUGAACACCUGCCAUCGUCCACAGAGGAGCUGCGUCUCAACAACAACGACCUCUCUGUGCUGGAGGCCACCGGUGCAUUCAAGGGCUUGUCGCAGCUCAAAAAAAUUAAUCUGAGUAACAACAAGAUCUCUGAGAUUGAGGAUGGAGCGUUCGAAGGCGCUUCGUCUGUGGUGGAGCUUCACCUGACGGCCAAUCACCUGGAGUCUGUGAGAGGAAGCAUGUUCAGAGGAAUGGAGGGACUGCGCAUGUUGAUGUUGAGGAAUAAUAAGAUCAGCUGUAUUCACAAUGGCAGCUUCACUGGUCUGACCAACGUCAGGCUGCUGUCACUGUACGACAACCAGCUGAGCAGCAUCCUGCCUGGAGCCUUCGACACACUACCCAACCUGUCCACACUAAACCUCCUGGCCAAUCCUUUUAACUGUGACUGCCGUCUCUCCUGGUUCGGGGCGUGGCUUCGGAGUCGGCGAAUCGUCACGGGCAACCCUCGCUGUCAGGGCCCCGCCUUCCUCCGAGAGAUCCCGCUGCAGGAUGUGGCUGUACCGGACUUCCGCUGCGAGGACGGCUCAGUGCUGGAGGACAGCAGCUGUGGUCCAGGGCCUCAGUGUCCCACCCAGUGCACCUGCAUGGACACAGUGGUCCGCUGCAGCAACAAACACCUCCAGGCUCUACCCAGAGGACUCCCCCGCAACGUCACAGAGCUGUACCUGGAUGGGAACCAGUUCACCAGUGUCCCCAAGGAAUUGGCAACCUUCAAAUACCUGCAGCUCGUAGAUCUGAGCAACAAUAAAAUCAGCUCCCUCUCUGAUGACGCCUUCGCCAACAUGAGCCAGCUCACCACUCUGAUCCUUAGUUACAACUCCCUGCGAUGCAUCCCUCCCCUGGCCCUGGGCGGCCUGCGUUCUCUGAGGCUGCUCUCUCUCCAUGGCAACGACAUCUCGGAGCUGCAGCAGGGCAUAUUUAAAGACGUGGCCUCCCUGUCUCACCUAGCCAUCGGAGCCAACCCUCUGUACUGCGACUGCCGUCUUCUGUGGUUGUCAGAAUGGGUGAAGAGCGGCUACAAAGAGCCCGGCAUCGCCCGCUGUGCUGGCCCCCGUGGCAUGGAGGGCAAACUGCUGCUCACCACGCCUGCCGACAAGUUCCAGUGUCUGGGUCCGGUGGAGGCGUCUGUUCAGGCCAAAUGCAGCCCGUGUGUUUCUUCUCCCUGUCAGAACCAGGGCGUCUGCCAAGUCCACCACAUACAACAGUACACCUGCACCUGCCAGACCGGGUUCACGGGUAAAGACUGUGAGACUCCAGUUGACGCGUGUUUCAGUAACCCCUGCACCAACGGAGGAACAUGCAUCAGCGAUGAACAGACCAGAGGUUUCAGCUGUGCAUGUGCGUUUGGGUUCCACGGUACUUUCUGUGAAGUGAACGCGGAUGACUGUCAAGACCACGGAUGUGAGAAUGGCGCCACAUGUGUGGACGGAGUGGGCAACUACACCUGCUUAUGUCCUCCACUUUACACAGGUCUGUUCUGUGAGGAAGAGGAGGGUGUGUGUUCUCCAGGUAGAACUCCCUGUCAGCACCAGUCCACCUGCAUCAGCACUCCUACCGGCCCCAGGUGUGUGUGCCUCCCAGGUUGGGUGGGGCCGGACUGUGGAAUAGAUUAUGAUGAAUGUGUGAAUCAUCGCUGUCAGAACGGAGCUCAGUGUGUGGACCAUCUGGACGGCUACAGCUGCGUCUGUCCACAGGGAUACAGCGGUGAGUUUUGUGAGGCGGCCGUCCCUCCCCCGUCGCCCUGCCAGCUGGCUCAGUGUCAGAACGACGCCCCCUGUGUGGAGAAGACGGGCGCUGCAGUCUGCCAGUGCCUGCCAGGCUUCGAGGGACAAAGCUGCGAGAAGCUCGUCAGCGUGAACUUCGUCGACAGAGAUUCGUAUGUUCAACUCCAAGAUGUGAAGAACUGGCCUCAGGCCAACAUCACCCUGCAGGUGUCAACAGCAGAAGAAAACGGUAUUCUGCUCUAUAACGGAGACAACGAGCCAAUUGCGGUAGAGCUCCACCAGGGUCACGUUAGGGUCACGUAUGACCCUGGAAACCAGCCGGCCACAGCCAUCUACAGUCCUGAGACAGUGAAUGACGGACAUUUCCACACUGUGGAGCUGGUGACCUUUAACCACAUGGUGAACCUGUCAGUGGACGGAGGAGAGCCCACCACACUGGACAGUCAGGGGCGGAGCCAGCUGGUGACAGGCGACGCCCCUCUUUAUGUUGGAGGUAAGAGCAGGGAAAGGUGGUGGAGAACCAGCCUGUUCUUGACCCUGAUGGAACUGUCCGAGCCCUGUCUGUGUCUGUGUCACCCUUUUUACCCAGGUAUGCCUGAGGAGGUGAUGCCGGCGUCCUCGGGUCUUUCCUCUCAGACCCUCAACGUGUCCAGUUUCCACGGCUGCAUCAGGAACCUUUACAUCAACCACGAGCUGCAGGAUUUCACCCGCAGCCACAUGAAGCCAGGCGUGGUGCCGGGCUGCCAGGCCUGCCGCAAACUCUACUGUCUGCACGGCGUCUGCCAACCCAACGCUGCACAGGGGCCCCAGUGUCACUGCCAUCCAGGCUGGACUGGACAACACUGUGACGAGCCAAUAACAGGAGGCCUUACUGGAGCGGAUGUUGUCACCAUGGCAACCGAGGCCAACCCAUGUGAAAAUAGCAAAUGUGUGAAGGGUGCGUGUGUGAUGCUGGACUCACAGAUGUAUCGCUGUGACUGUGAGGACGGUUACCAUGGCGUGUUGUGUAACCUGAAGGGGGAGCCGGCGAGUCUGUGCCAAGGGCUGCCAUGUGUCCACGGACAGUGUGAAGAGACGGUGGACGGAGAGAGCUGCACCUGCCAGCAGGGAUUCACCGGACAGAGCUGUGAUAUAGAGUCCCCGUGUCGAGGUGAACCGGUCAGGGAUUACCACCGAGUGCAGCGUGGCUCCGUCCUCUGCCAGACGUCCAAGCCCUUCUCCUGGGUCGAAUGCCGAGGUCGGUGCCAGGCCGGGACCGAUCCGAACGUGACCGCCGCUGCCGCCUCCUGCUGCGCCCCCCUGAGGGUCCGCCGCCGCCGGCUGACCUUCGAAUGCGACGACGGGACCUCGAUCACGCAGGACAUGGAGAAGCCUGUGGAAUGUGGCUGCAAGGAGUGUGUGUAGUACUGUGGAUGUGAUGGUGCGCACAUACACACAUGCAAACACAACACACACCAAGCUAAAGAGGUACACACACUGUAGGGAUUCUCUCACUGAUAAACAGACAUUUUCCAUUUUUGGUUCUGUGUUUUUGCGGACAGCUCCAGUUUUGUAACAUAAAGACAGUUCUUCCCUCUCGAGACAUGAAAUCAACAAUCGACCUCAUCAUCGUCAUCUUCCUCCUGCUCUCCGACUACAUAACUCCAGCUCAUUAUUAAGGUACACGUGUCCAUCACAGCCGCGACGGCGAGUGGCAACUUGUCACAGGAAAUGAAGGUAUUAAAUUGCUUUGAAAUAAAAAGGUUUGACAGUCCACAGACCUGUUA